ACCCCACUUGUAUCCCACACCGUGUGGACUUUGAUAAUAAAAGCUUGGUUCUACUCAAAAAUAAAAAAUAAAAAAAUCGAGCCAGCCGCUCGUUUCCCGUCCCGACCUCCCAAUUUCGCCGUCUCCCCGCUCAUCGCUCGCCGCUGGCCGGACGCCCAGAGCCGCAGCCUCUCCGUCCCGCCCGCUCGGCGUUUGGGGCUCGGCAGCAGCCGCGCCACCGCAACUGUGCGGGCCGUGCCCCUGCCUCUGGCCGCCAGGCGCCCCUGCAAGCCGGCGCACGCGGCCCACUCCGCACACCGGCGCUCGGCCGGCAGGCAGCAGCAAGCCAGCAACCAUCCUUGUUGAUUUGAGGAGAAUCGCCCUGUUUUCAAAUCCUAGAUCCGCCACUGUCGUCACUCUUCUCCACCACUCAGACCCAGCAUAGCAGCAAGGAAGUGGACGGGAGGAUGAUGGGAAGCAACAACCCCAGCGGCGCAGGCGGAGGGAUGGCUCCGGGCAUGGGGGCGGGCAGCAGCGACGGGCGGCACGAUGACGAGGCCGUACUCACCGAGUUCCUCUCCUCCCUCAUGGACUACAACCCCAUGAUUCCGGAUGAGCUUGUGGAGCACUACCUCGGCCGCAGCGGCUUCCACUGCCCCGACCUACGCCUUACAAGGUUGGUUGCUGUAGCUACUCAAAAGUUCAUUUCAGACAUCGCAAGUGACUCCCUUCAGCAUUGCAAAGCCAGGGUUGCAGCACCUAUCAAAGACAACAAGAGCAAACAACUGAAGGAUAGACGUCUUGUAUUGACGAUGGAUGAUCUUUCAAAAGCCCUGCGUGAGCAUGGUGUUAACCUCAAACAUCCAGAGUAUUUUGCGGACAGCCCAUCAGCAGGGAUGGGCCCUUCAACAAGAGAGGAGUAGAACAAUCACUUCUUCCCGUACCAAGAAAUGCCCUUACAAGUUUAUGUACCGUUGCAGCAACAUAACAUUAUGAGCAUCUACGCGAUGGCUGUUCUUUAUGUAUUAUGGACCAGCAGUGUGUGGUUGCCACCAUUUUGAUGCUUAUCAAGUUCUCCAAGUCACCCCCUAUCUUGGAUUGAUUGCAUCUUGAAACUGUCGAUCACAUGAAAUUGGCUUUGUGUAGCGGGUGAGUUUGAUUCCUGAUGGUUGGCUAGUAUGGCACCCAUGGAAACUGGAGAUCAGAUAGACCUUAGCUUAUCUUCAGCAUCUAGUUGCAGGAACAUAAGUCAAAAUUGCGUACUACGUUCUAUAAGAGAAGUCAUAUUCAGGAUGCAAUCUGAAUUUCGAGACACAACGCUCCACGAAAAGCAUCGGUAAAAUAUGGCAACACACUGAAAGGAACAAGGCAUAUUCUGCUGUUGACUUGUUAUCCAGAAGCAACUAUUGCAUCAACAACUAUCACCUCCUCCAUAUUGCCAUGACAAAGACUGUCUGAUUGUAAAACAAAUUGCGUGUGUUUAAAUGAAAAUUAUCGUUGCAAGGAUACAAUCCAAGCACCGGCCCUUUUGGAGGGUUUCCAAGUUUAUAUAGUUCUUAUUCAUCAA